UACAAAAGUAUAAAGGAUUUAUUCGGUUAUCAAAUGAUACAUAGUGCGAUACAGUCAAAACAAGGAAUUUCUGUUACCCAAAAAAAAAAAAAAAUUCAUCUAUUAUCGGGAAUCCAUACUUCUACCGAUUUCGUUUUCUCUCCAAAGUCCAAGAUUCCGCAGACGCCCUUUAAAAUCUGUAGAACGGAUAAAGGGAGUGAAUAGUUGCUUGGGAAAUAUGUUGGUUCGGAACAUGUCGAGGAGUAGGGCAGUGAAUGUGAGAAAGAUCAAUCCAAAGGUCUGCACCUUGAAGCAAGGGCUGUGUAAAGUGGGACAUAUAACAUACUAUGGUCAAUGUGUUCUGGUUAACACAGUGGGAGCCUUUUGUGUAGUCAAUUUCCAUUAUUGCCUUGUACAUGUGGAAAAAGGAGGCUGGUAUUGGUGGAUUAAACAGCAAAACACACAUGAAGAUAAUUCUCAAAUGGAUGAGGGGGAGAAAAAUGUUGAAGUUGUUCUGCAACCAAGUAAGGUCCAACAAGAAAUUUUUGCCCUAUACCCUGCCUGAAGAACCUCAAACUGACCAAUUAGAAAUCCCUCCAGAGCUUAAACUGCAAACCAAGAAGCCUUACACUAGAAAAAAGAAAACUAAAUGAAAUGUAUUCUAUUUCUUUGCCUGCAGCCAAUUUUUAUUGCUAUGCAAGAUCCUUUAGGAUUUGAGUCUUCCUUUUUGGCUGAAUGCUUCUAUCAUGUUUUGUCUGUUGUUUUCCUAUUUUUACACUUUUAUUUGCAUAUCUCUUCUUACAAUAUUUUGAAUACCUGUGAUGAGUUUGAAUCUGGUCUGAUGGACUGAAAGACGAUAAGCAUGUUUACGUGGUUAAUGUUUAUGCAUUCAGGGUUUAACCUGGCCACUAAGCUGGCUUUUCCUGUUCUGAAGAUUUUAUACUUCUUAAUAGCUGUUACUGUUGGCUUUUAUUUGAUAUUAGGAUGGAAAAAUUAGGUUGUUUUUUCAAAUUGGGUGGUCUACGUCGUCUUGAAGUUGAAUUGGUUUUUGUGACAGACUUGUAGCUGGUGGGCUGAGACUUCAAUUUUAUCAAGCAAUAUGCUGAAAAUUGUGUUGUUUUGACUCCUGUUUCUGUUUAUAAGAAGGGUGAGGCAAGGUUAAAUGAUUUUGGAUGUUGAGGCAGAGAUUAUAUGAAACUCACAAUCUCAACCAGGAAUUUGUUAUCAAGUUUAGUUGAUUUGCGGAGAUAGUUGUAUCAGUCCUAUAUGCAAGAUUGGAGUCACGAGGUUGCAUGGUAAGGAUCCGUUUGGCAUUGAAGUGGGAACAAGUUUUGGACUAAAAACCAAAGUAGUCAGUAUUGUAUUCGACCGUUUCAGUGUUAAGUACGUAUCGGCGCCAAUAUGCUUCGGCGUAUAUUUUGAAUUUAUCCGACAUUAUUUAAUAUUUUGUUUAUAAAAUAUGUAUACAUAUAUGAACACACUUC